GCUCACAAUGGCACCUUCAAACUCCGAAGUAGAGGAAGAUAUAAGGCCUUUCGCAGCGCUACCAAGAUAUCCGGAGCACUAUGUCGACCAUAUUGAAUUUUCCCCCGAUGACCGUUUCCUCGCGACAGGCUCUAACGAUGCUAUUGGCGUGCGCCUUUGGGAGCAGCUAACGGGGCGUCAUAUACGCGAAUUCAAGGUCAUUGGCUCGGUUCGGUCGCUCUCCUUCUCUCCGUCAGGGCGGCAGCUAGCCGCUAUUUCCCAUGAGAUCAAAACCGAGACGGCUUACUUGUAUAUGUGGGACAUAGGCAAGGUUGCAGGAGACGAAGGAGCGGAGGUGAAGAUGGAGUACAAGAAGGUUGAUUUGGGCUCACAUGUGGUCAGUUUUUCGUCCGAUGGGAAUCUCAUCGCUGUUAUGCUGCCCAAUCGUAUCAUGGUGCAAGGCGUAUAUGAUGGCCGUCUGGUGACGGAGAUAACCAACUCAACUGGACGACGAUUUGAACCUUUGCUUGGAUGGUCGUCUAGUGACCGGAAGCUGUUCUUUGCGUAUAGCGAGUCCGACUCCUACAAGGUGGCUUGUCUUGACGUGGGCUCGAGACAGCCAUCUCAAGUCACCAUCUCACUGGCUCAGGAUAACCUCAAGUCGCCCGAAAAGUCACCCAUUUCAUCGCUCACUUGCUCUCGCGACGGAAACAUACUCGCUGCUGCACUACCGGAGGGAGGUAUCAGGAUCUGGGAUGCUGCAACGGGCAAAGCCCUACAUGAUCGGUUGGUGGGGCAUCUUGACAACGUAUCUUGUGUCAGCUUCUCGCCAGAUGGAGUGUGGGUCAUGGACGGGUCGAAAGACAAGGCCUUGCGCGUAUGGGAUAUACUGACGGGCAAGCCAGCACUUGCACCUCUGAGGCAUUGGGCGCAGCAGCAAAUAAAGGCAGUGGCCUGUUCUCCUGAUAGACGCCAUGUGGCAUGUAUCGAUAGGGCCAAUCAUGUGCACAUAUGGGAUGUCCAAGCACAAAAACUGGUCUUGUCAUCUGUAGCAAACUAUAAUGUCAACAAGGGCCCUUCGUUCACACACUACCCGCAAGGUGACGUAGACGCAAUCCAGUGGUUCCCGGACGCGCGCCGCUUCGUUAGUAGCGGUUCUUCGGACGAUUAUAUACGCGUCUGGGAUGAUCAAACCGGGGAAGAAGUCUACAAUUUCCAUUAUUAUGGAGGUCCUCGUAUUGGGUUAUCCCCCGAUGGUGGUUUACUCGCUGUUGGGCCGUCUCGGGAAGCAACCAGACCCGUCGUUCUUUUGAACGCGAGCUCUGGCGAAGAAUAUACCCCCUCGUUGGUGGACACCGGUGGCCAUGUCCGGAAGCUGGCAUUCUCGCCUGACAGCUCGACUCUUGCCAUCCUCUUUCGCACUCCACAGGGAACUAAUCUUCAUCUGGUGCACGAUGUGACAGGUCUCCGCAAGGUCAAUGUGGUACCGCAACGAGCAUUUGAUGUGGUCUUUUCACCAGACGGAGAGCAUUUUGCGUACGUUACUGCGCAGGAGUAUCCCACAUGGCUGGGACACACCAUCUGCCUCUGUCGUCUCGAUACCAUGGAAGUCACGGCCAGACUUCAAACUCGGAAAAAGUCGGCAAAUACUCAUUGCUUGUCCUUCUCCGCGGAUGGUCGACGACUUCUAGACGCCAGCGACAAGGGCGACACGGCCGUCUGGGAUCUAGACACCGGUCAAAAACUCUUUGAUAUCCCCGUAGAGGACCAAAGAAGGCACUUAGCUUCUUUCUCUCCUGAUGGUCGUUCAAUCCUGAGUGGGUGGUGGGUCACCAAGCAACGUGCAGGUGUUGAUUUAUUCGACGCUGUCGCCGGGACGCGGAUAUGGCGCAUUGAGGAGAAGCAGGUCCCUACUGCCCUUUCAUUCACGCCGGGAGGAGACAGAUUGGCUAUGGGUUUCAAUGAUGGUUCCCUCAGGCUAUACGAGUCUUCCACUCGCAAGCUGAUUCUUCCAAAGAGCGAGAAGACAGAGGAAAAACCCGCCGACGGCAGAGCCUCACCGAGCGGAGCAAAGAAUGCUCCUGGUGCCUCCAAGAGACAACAAGGGACAAGAGCAAUACCCUCUGGCCUUGCUGAUACAGAUGACGAAUCGAUCAUGAAUAUGCCUGCUGCCCUGGGUGGGGCGGCACGUCGGCGCGCUGAAGCGAGUUCUGCUGGCCAGACAGCCAGCACUAGAAAGCAACCACCAAGGAAGAACGAUCUUCACCCUCAGCCUGGGCUCAUCACACGCCUAGUUUCUCGCUUCAUGCCAAGAUCGUCUUCCUCUGGCCGACGCUGGAUACGACCCAUUCGGCUUGUAAGCGUAGGACGAGCGAGGGAGCGUAAUCUCGCCGGCGCCAGCCCCGAUGCAGCUGGCAGUCGAUCCAGGCGUCGGCAAAAUUCACAAGAGGACGAUGAUUCCUCAACAAGUCCUUCACCACCCCAGUCUGACCGGGCCGUCUCGCCACGUACAGGCCACGGGGACGGAGAAAGUGGGGCUUCGAGUGACUCUGGCUUUUGCGAUGUCAUACGCUAUUGCCUUUGUAUUACUUGUUGUUAGCUACAUUUUUGCUGUAAUAUCUU